ACUCGAAGGACGCUUGGCUGUGGCAGUGGAGACAAGAAAGUGUCUGCUGGUUAGUGGCUAAGCGUGACGCCCGCUCUCCUCAUUCCCACAUCACUUGAGCGCAUUCACAUCCAACACAAAAAGCCGAAAAGACGAGCGUAGCGAAAAGCAGAAGCAGCCACACAUCUCAUUCCACGUAAGGAAAGGUGCAAAUGGCCGAGAAAGUUCCCGAGACGGCGGCCCCAGAGGCCGACGGCGGCAGCCUUCUGGUCGAAGUGUUACUGCAAAUCAUCAACAGCCCUCUCAACAUCGCACUUGUCGGUCUGAUCCUCGUGCUGGUCUACAAAAUCUGGGGUAGCCGGCAGUCCUCGACGUCCUCGGCCGCUCCCGAACCCGAGCCGGAGCUGCCCAAGCUUAGGCGCGACUUCACGGUCGAAGAGAUGCGCGAGUACACCGGCGACGGCUCGGACGGCCGCAUCCUGAUCGCUGUGAACGGCAAGGUCUUCGAUGUCACCAAAGGCCGCCGGUUCUACGGACCUGGUGGUCCGUAUGCCGCUUUCGGAGGCCGAGAUGCCAGCAGAGGGUUGGCCACCUUCCAGGUGGGUCCUGGCAAGGAUGAAUGGGACGACCUCAGUGACCUUAACUCGACUGAAAUGGAGUCGGUCCGUGAAUGGGAAAUGCAGUUUACUGAAAAAUAUGAAUACGUUGGCCGCUUGUUGAAGCCAGGAGAAAAACACAACAACUAUUCUGACGAAGAGGAAGAGCAGCCAGAGGGAAAAUCCAAAGAUGAAUGAAAAACUGUAAGCCAAGAAGGAAAAUCAUCUCCGCCCCUAACAACCAAGUAUUUCCCAAGUGAACUGUCACGAAACACGAACCGCCUCUCUGAAUCUAAUCCUAAUCGCUGUGUGUGCUGCUGCUGGCAAAUGCGUGUGAGCACUCAAUUCGUAUCAGGGAUCGCCCCUGCAAAUUUGUGCCGGAUUUUCCUUUACUCUUGCACUUGUUGAUUCCAUUGUCACACACACACACUCUUCAGUUUUGUCCUGCAUUGCUUUUUAGUGUUGCCAAUGGAAGUCAACCAUCUUUCUUGUCUUACUGCUGAGGCUUGCACUUAAAAUUAGUUGUCCGUGAGGGUGCGAGGCUGGUGUUCCCUUUUCUCACUUAUAAGUGAAUACUAGAGAAUUGCCAACUUUGAACCUUUCCAUGCAUGUGUGGGCGAAGCGCCUUGCUUUUGGUCAUAUCUAGUGCAGGUGGAAAUAAACUACCUUAAAAUUAAUGAGUGAGUAGCUGUGUUAAUAUGAUUUAGAGAGAUUGCUUUGAAUGAAUAUUUGUUGAAAUAUCUGCAUAUCUAUCUGUCAUCACAAUCUCACCCUUUCGUUCAUUGUCAUUUGAAAAUCUGUGAUGAGUAUAAACCAAAUUUUAAAUUACCCAUAUAUAUAUUUGUUUUAGUACUUUUAUAUGUCUUGUCUUCUGAAGCAAGCAACCCGAUUCUUGGACUGUUAAUUUAUUUUCGUGCAAAUUCCUGAUUCCAACACUGAUUCACCACUUAAUGAUUGUUAUGUUAGCCUUUUUAAGUAACUCACCAACCUGUACGCAGAGGACAAUGUUCUUAGUUACUGUUGAGGAGAUAUGUAUUUUUCUAUUGGAAUGACUGUUGAAGCAAGUGACGACUGUAAGAAUUGGUAGCAAGUCAAAUGGGAACAUUUUUAUUAAGACUGAAUUAGGGCGCCAAAUUAAAAAUUUGCACCAACAUUCAUCAGAUAGAUGUUACAGGCUUUUUUAAUGAAUUUAACGCACUGCUUUGAAUUGAAAAUUCGUUUCUGCCUCAAUUAUUGUCUCACUAUAGUCUGCGUCUUUGGUUAUGGAUUGCUUUAUGAAUUAAGUUCAUACACCAUUGUAUUUGUAAUAGGUAUUAAUGUGAAAGCUUAUAUAGGCGAUUAUAAAAACUUUUGAUUCUGCCAAACGAUUGAAUGGGAUAAAAUUAUAAAAUAAACAAGAAUUAAUAACACAAA